GACUGUCCUCCACCCACCCCUCGAGGGUAGUUAGAGACCUCCUGCGCGACGCAAGCAGUAUACUACAUGUAUUUAUUCUCUAAAAUCCAUACGGUAAAUACUGUUAUGCUACCUACUCCAAAACUACAUUUUCACGUAUUAUUUGAUACAAAAUUAUCUCAGUUCUCUUCUCCCUAAAACUUAUAAAUACAUCCCCUCCACCCAUUUCUCCAUCUCACAGUCUUCAAUUGUGCUAUUCCCCUUGUUUCCACAAGAUUUCCGGUGGCCGGGCAAUCAACAAUGGAGUCCUCUGCCGUAAAAGAGAUCGAAAUCGACCUCUCCCCUUACAUCCGCCUCUACAAGGACGGCACCGUGGACCGCCUCGCAGGAAACGAAAUCCUCCCCGCUUCACUCCUUUCCGAAUCGGGCGCCUCCUCCAAAGACGUCACCAUCUCGCGGGAAUCCGGCAUCUCUGCUCGCCUCUACUUGCCGAGCUCCGCCGGCCGGGGCCAAAAACUCCCGACUCUCGUUUACUUUCACGGUGGAGCCUUCAUUAUAGAAUCCCCCUUCUCCCCCCUCUACCACCCCUACACUGAGUCUGUCUCUGCGAAUUCCAAGGCCCUCGUUGUCUCCAUCGACUACCACCGCCCACCGGAGCACCCGCUCCCAGCAGCCUACGAAGACGCAUGGGCAGCACUCUUGUGGGUCGUCAGCAGGGUCGAUCCAUGGCUCGGAGACUACGCCGACCUCAGCAGGAUCUUCGUAGGGGGUGACAGCGCAGGUGCGAACAUUGCUCACCAUGUGGCCCUGCGUGCUGGUACCGAGGGCUCCGAAGAGUUGAAGAAGCUGAGAGGGCUGAUUCUAAUGCACCCUUACUUCUGGAGCUCGGGUUUGAGCGAGGAGGAGAGAGAGAGGGGCAAGACAGUUGGGCAGAUGUGGAAAUUCGCUUGCCCGGACAGCGAGGGGGUGGACGACUUGUGGAUCAAUCCCAUGGCGAAAGGGAGCGAGGGGUUAAGGAAUUUAGGGUGCGAGAAAGUGUUGAUCUGUGUGGCCGGGAAGGAUUUCCUGAAGGGGAGGGGGGUGGCGUAUGGCGAGGCGCUGAGGCGGAGCGGGUGGGAGGGGGCGGUGGAGGUGGCUGAGGACGAGGGAGAAGAUCAUGUUUUCCAUUUGUUUAAUCCUGAGCGCCAGAAAUCAAAGGUUAUGAUGGAGAGGGUAAGUUCGUUCCUCGAGGACUAAGAGGUUGGGAGCCUUGGACCAGUUCGUCAUUGUCAGUAUUGUAUCUGAUCACGUAGCCAUGUGCCUACGCUCACCUCUCUCUAUAAAUGCGCUCAUAAACUUCACCCAUGCCUACUCCUCGUGGCGAACCAAAUUCCCAACCACCGAUUCUCUUUUCUUUUUUUUUCUUUUUUAUUUUAUUGUUUAUCUCUCUCGUAUCUUUGUUAUCACUAACUCUUGCACUCU